AUGAGUCCUCCACAACGCCAUCGGCUCACACUGGCAAAAAAGCGUCGGAACGAACAACGAUUUCUGUCACCUAACCAGAGAAAUGGAAGCACUCAAGAUGACCGCCGAGGUAUGCGGCAAGAUCAACUAACAGCGCAUUAAACAUACUUUACUUACUGACACGGCAUCUCUCUCCAUACUCAGAAGCUCGAUUGCCUGGGAUCCCCUACUCCCACCUCCCCUCCUCACCAUCCUCUAUGGAACUCACACCUUUUACCCUACCUUUCAUCAUUCUCCCCCCAAAACUCAACUCCAGAUACCGUACCAUAAUCCUCAGACUUCUGUCACUCACCACUGUGCAGAAACUUUUGAAGAAGGACGGCUCUGAUGAAAUCCACCACAAAAUUUUACUCCACAUACCCUCCUCCCCCGAGAAACAAGAAGACAGAAGAUUGAGAGAGCAGUAA